CAUAUCUUUCACCAGGAAGCGCUACUUCGAUUCUUAUCUUCCUUCAACAACUUUUGUAAGUUAGCAGCCUCUCGCUUCCUUGAAAACAUGGCCAUACGUAUGCCACGCAUCAUUCAAGCAAGAAAAAUUCUCAAACAGUCCCUCUCUAAUGGUAGCACCACUCCUGCAUCUAUGGACAUCCCCAAAGGCUAUUUUGCCAUUUAUGUUGGAGAACAAGAGAAGAAGCGGUUUGUGGUGUCUGUAUCACUACUAAGCGAACCUACGUUUCAGGAGCUACUACAUCAGGCAGAAGAAGAGUUUGGCUACAACCAUCCAAUGGGCGGGCUCACGAUUCCCUGUAGUGAAGAUGUAUUCACAGAUCUGGCUUCUCGUUUGGGAGCAUUUUGACUUGUAUACAUCUGUCUAUAUCUACAACAGUUUUGUAAACAUCUAACCAGUAGGAACCAUUUAUAGUUGUAAAUUUAGAUCAUUG